CCAGCGCGCCAUCCUCCCCCUCCCUCCCUCCCUCCCUCCUUCCUCCCUUCCCUCUCCCUCCCCCUCCCCCGCCGGUGGAUGGGAGUGAAGGACGGAAGAGGCCCUGCGGAGGCGGCGGUGCAGCGCUCCGGUGGAAUGAACCUUACUUGUUGACUAUUUCCUGGUUGCUGAUUGGAUUCACUUGAGAAAGAAUCAUUUUCUCCUCUGUGGAAGCCACUUAGUGGCAUAUUUAAUUCAAAUCCAGGGAUCACAAAACUUUCGAUUUUUCUGGAGGGACAUACCACUAUAUCAAAUAAGCUUAACAUUACAGCCAAAAUGGUGCUGUCCCAGAGACAACGAGAUGAACUAAAUCGAGCUAUAGCAGAUUAUCUUCGUUCAAAUGGCUAUGAAGAGGCAUAUUCCGUUUUUAAAAAGGAAGCUGAAUUAGAUAUGAAUGAAGAAUUAGAUAAAAAGUAUGCUGGUCUUUUGGAAAAAAAAUGGACAUCUGUUAUUAGAUUACAAAAAAAGGUUAUGGAAUUAGAAUCAAAACUAAAUGAAGCAAAAGAAGAAUUUACGUCGGGUGGUCCUCUUGGUCAGAAACGAGACCCAAAAGAAUGGAUUCCCCGUCCACCAGAGAAAUACGCAUUGAGUGGUCAUAGGAGUCCAGUCACUCGAGUUAUUUUCCAUCCUGUGUUCAGUGUUAUGGUCUCUGCUUCAGAAGAUGCUACAAUUAAGGUGUGGGACUAUGAGACUGGAGAUUUUGAACGAACACUCAAGGGGCACACAGACUCUGUACAGGACAUUUCCUUUGACCACAGUGGCAAGCUUCUGGCUUCCUGUUCUGCAGACAUGACGAUUAAACUAUGGGAUUUUCAGGGCUUUGAGUGCAUCAGAACCAUGCAUGGCCAUGACCACAAUGUCUCUUCAGUAGCCAUCAUGCCUAAUGGAGAUCAUAUAGUGUCUGCCUCAAGGGAUAAAACUAUAAAAAUGUGGGAAGUGCAAACUGGCUACUGUGUGAAGACAUUCACAGGACACAGAGAAUGGGUACGUAUGGUGCGGCCAAAUCAGGAUGGCACUCUGAUAGCCAGCUGUUCCAAUGACCAGACUGUGCGUGUAUGGGUUGUAGCAACAAAGGAAUGCAAGGCUGAGCUCCGAGAACAUGAGCAUGUGGUAGAAUGCAUUUCCUGGGCUCCGGAAAGUUCAUAUUCUUCCAUCUCUGAAGCAACAGGAUCUGAGACUAAAAAAAGUGGCAAGCCUGGACCCUUCUUGCUAUCUGGUUCCAGAGACAAAACUAUUAAGAUGUGGGACGUCAGUACUGGCAUGUGCCUUAUGACUCUUGUGGGUCAUGAUAAUUGGGUACGUGGAGUUCUGUUCCAUUCUGGGGGGAAGUUUAUUUUGAGUUGUGCUGAUGACAAGACUCUCCGUGUAUGGGAUUACAAGAACAAGCGAUGCAUGAAGACCCUCAAUGCGCAUGAACACUUUGUUACCUCCUUGGAUUUCCACAAGACGGCACCCUAUGUGGUUACUGGCAGUGUAGAUCAAACAGUAAAGGUGUGGGAGUGCCGUUGAUUGAGUCUCGUUUGGUUCUUCCUCCCUUUUUUUCCUCUGGAUGCACUCUGAUGAUACCAUGGUUACCCCAUUUGAGCUCUGUUUAAAUAAAUAUUGUCCUUUCAUGUAAAUUA